UUCCGCCCUUGUCGUUUCUUCUUCUUCAUUGCCCCGCGAAAGUGACACUCUCCUCUCCCCGCUGGUCCUAUUCCGGAAGAAUGAGAAGGCAACGCGAAAUGGUACCGUAUCUCUUGUUGAAUCUUCUCCUAAUCGUUCCACUAAUUAGCUUGACCAACGCCGGUGGACACGGUGGCGGACACAAACACGUGGUAAUUCACGUGCCCUACCAAGUCAAAACUAUCCACCACACGCACACAAUCACGAAACACAUACAUCACAAGGAUGGUGGCGGCGACAAGUACGAAGUGCUCGGAUAUACUGUGGGUCAUCCGAUUGACCUCGGAGGUCACGGGGGCGGAGGACACGAUUUCGGCGGUAGCAGUGGAGGAUACGAUUUCGGCGGCAGCAGUGGAGGACACGAUUUUGGUGGCAGCAGUGGAGGACACGAUUUUGGCGGCAGCAGUGGAGGACACGAUUUCAGCGGCGGCAGUGGAGGACACGAUUUCGGCGGCAGCAGUGGAGGACACGAUUUCAGCGCCAGCAGUGGAGGACACGAUUUCGGCGGCAGCAGUGGAGGACACAAUUUCGGCGGCGGUGGAGGCGGCGGUCACGAUUUCGGAGGUGGAUUCGGAGGCGGAGGUCAUGAAGGCUGGUCGAGUCGCUAGGAAGAUUCUUUCGCAUAUUUUUGCAGAAACUAAAAUUAUCUUUGAAGUAAUCGACACGGUAAUCCUUUAAAGUGUGUUAUCCCUGUUAUCUUCUUGAUAACUUUGUCAUCUAUUUGUAUAGCGAUCUUAUCAUACAUAGAGUGACAUGC